AUGCCUAGCAGUCGUGGUCCCCAGCGAAAGAGUAAAGCCAAAGUCCCAAAACCACCGCGAGGCUCUGGCCUCAAUCCUUCGGGUGAACCAGCAAUCAAUCAGCUUUGCAUUCCUACUGAACAACCGCAGAUGUCGUAUUUUGCUUUUGAUGCGCAUGAGACCAUUCCCCAACAUGGGCACUACAGCGGCACACAGAGCACCGGCUUUGAUGAUCAAUCUACCUCCCAACAUGGGCACUCUUACAGCAGCACACAGAGUGUCGGUGAAGGUACAACAAUUCAGAUGUCUCUACAAGCCCAGCCAGAAAUGAAUCCCUACAUCGGCUUUGAUGAUCAGUCCACCUGGGACUUCUUUCAGAACCAACCAUCCUUAGAAGCACCCCCACAGGGCUCAUAUCCCGAACACUACUCGCAAGAUUUGUUCCAGGGUCCUACAGGUAGCGCGGCCAGCAUGAGCAUGUUGGAUACAACGCUCAUCCAACAAGGUGAGAUCCCUCAAACAGAUGUCAUGCAUACAGCAGGCCCGGCAAGACUCGCAAAGAGACGAGGCGGUCAACGGCUGAUGCCACCAACACCACGAAUGGCUCCCUACCCCACAACCCGCCCACAGACGACUGAAAGCUUGACGUCACAGAUUGCGAUGUCAUCAACACAUGCUGAUCCCACUCCCACUACUAUCAUAGUCCCUGAUCCCACCAUUGGCCAGACAAUGAAGGGCGUGAUGAAACUCGUCACACGCAAACUAUUUACCCUGAAUGUGAUGACCAUCGACAAAGCCCCAAAGAAAGCUAUGCUUACAAAGGUCAUUCAUGACUCGUUGCCGCAGUGUUUCGGUCCUAACACAACGAUCCAAAACUUCAUAACCAGCAAACAUCAGAGCAAGGUCGCAAACACGUUGUCAGUAACUUGCGGGAAGGUAGUCGAGUUUGCGCGUAUGGGCGCCUUCCACGCCUAUCAACUGUUUCCCCCGUUACACAGUACCACACCCCCUGUCAUCUAUCGUAAACGAGUGAUCGACAAGAUCACAUUGGAGGGCAACAGACUCAUGUUCAUGCACAUUUACACAUUCAACCAGGAUGGUAGGAUUGAAAUCAAGGCAAAAUUCCAACAUCCCUUCAUAAUGUCCAAUGUCAUUCGAUUCGUUUGGUUCGGCUUGCGCCAGCAAUUCCUCGGUGAGACAGAGGAAGAACAACUGGAAAGGUUGAAAUACAUCUGGGCACUCUCUGGCGGCGGUGCUGCUGUGGUCUGGUUUGGUCUGGUUCAGAGGCAGUUUGACAAGAACCGAGAACCGGACCAAGGUCCGGUUCUACCUUUCUCGACGAACCUUGGACCAAACCUUUGCAAACAGUUUGCAGCGGUCAGGUUUGGUUUUUUUUAG